AUGCCUUCCUCACCACGAGUUGUCGGCCCUGCAACAGGCCAUUCUCAUACCCACACAAUCAUCGUCCUGCAUGGCCGCGAUAGCGAUGCCCAAGAGUUUUCGUCCGAGUUUUUUGAGUGCGAGGCAACAGGGCCGGAAACAGAUCGCACGCUGCCGGCGCUUUUUCCUAGCGUCCGCUGGGUAUUCCCACAAGCAAGACCGCUCCAUUCUGAGCGCUUCCAUGUCGAAAUGUCACAAUGGUUCGACAUGUGGAGUGUAGAAGACCAGCAAGAGCGCGCUGAGCUGCAAAUAACGGGCUUGCGAGCAAGUGUCGAUUGCAUCGCGGAAUUAAUUCAGGAGGAGGAGCUGCUUGUGCCCCGGAAGAGGAUAUUUUUAACUGGCAUCAGCCAAGGCUUUGCGACUGUAUUGGCUACAUUCUUUGCUGAUGGUGGAGGAGGUUUCGCUGGCCUCUGCGGAUUCUCCAGUUGGCUCCCGCUCGCCGACCAAGCCGCACCAGAAGUCGAAGUUUUCGUGGGGAAUUCUAGUCAACAACUUGCUGCAAUGCAGCGAUUUUACUUUGGUAGAAAUGAGUUAUCGCCACUACAAAUGACCUCGACGCCUAUUCUUCUUGAGCACUGCCAUGAUGAUGAAGUUAUUGACAUCAAGAGUGGGACUCGCAUGCGAGAUUUUUUGAGUCAGCUCGAUAUGGAGGUUGACUGGCACGAAUAUCAAUAUGGAGGACAUUGGUUCAAUGAGCCACAGGGCGUUGAUGAUUUUGUUGGGUUUUUACGAAGAUAUAUGUAG